UAUAAUCUGUUGUUUUAUUUGCUUUUGUUCUUUUAGAUUUUUCUUUACUUUUGUGUUCAUUUUCUUUGUAUUAUUAAAAGUAAUUUCAUAUCGACUAUACUACUAAAAUGUAACAUGAUGUUUGGCACACAGUGUGAAGAUAUCUAAAUUACUUUUAGAUUAAAAUGUAAACUGACGAGAACCAGUACUAACUCUAGCAACUAUGUUCCCCAUAAAAAUGAGCGAUGAAGUUUCCUACACUAUACCAUUAGACUUUAUCGACAUGAAUUAUAUUAAAAGAAGUUUAAAUAGAGGCCGUGAUCCGUUACCGAUAUGGAGUAUCAAUGAUGGUAAACAAUAUUACAGUGUUGAAAUAUUGGCGGGAAAAAUAGAUAGUGGGUUACAUACCCAGAAUGGAGGUCAAGACGACAGCGCAACGAAAACGGAUGACACAUCAUUGAUCAAAUCGUACAAAUGUCCAAUUUGUAACUUUAACAUUCCAAUAAAUUACUGGAAAUCACACAAUGCCAGUUUAAAACACAAAACGUUUUUGGAAAUAGCAGAUUUAGCAAUGCAAAGGAUUAGGGAAAAUAUGUUUCAAAACGUACCUGAUUUGCCGCCCUGUGAAGACGAUCCGUCUACUUAUUUCUGUGAGUCUUGUUCGAUUCCAGUUGCAAUUAUUGAAAAAAAUUAUCACGAAACAUCAGAUUCUCAUGCUUUAUGUCUAAAACAAGAUAAUUUACUACAUGACUUACUAAUGGUAUACAAAGGUAAUAAUAUAACGGUUGUCGACACAGAAGACAAUUGUUUAGAAGGUAACUUAAAUGUGGAAAAUGGUGAGGUUGUAGUCGAUGAACCUAAACAAACUAAUGAUAAUGUAGAAACAAUAAAAUUACGUAAAAGAACACGCAAAAGAAAAAAUCGUAAUGAAAUUACUCCAAAAUCAGAUAAUAGUAGUAGUAUAACUAACGACAGUUAUGAUGCAGAUCCAGAAUUGGAAAUUUUAAAGGAAUAUUUUGAGAAUGUUAAUGCUAAACUGAAUGGACAAGGUAAAGUGUCGGUUGUUAGCGAAGAUUAUUUACAUAUAUUCGUAGACGAUAAUCGUUUACAAGUGAAUAUAUCAAAUUUUCACGGUUUUACACUCAUGGAUGAUUCUAAUAGUACAUUUUGUGUAUUGUGCCGGGAUCUUAUUGACUAUACAGAAUUAGAAGCGCACUGCAAAAGUGAAAAACAUAUGGACAAUAUUUCAAUGCCAUUGUACGACAAACAUUGUAUAAGAUCGAAUAAGAUGUCAGCGUGGCACGCACACUGCAUACUUUGCAAUAAAUUAAUAUAUGCCCUUCAAAUGCACGAUCAUUUUAUUAGUGCAGACCACAAACAUGCAUUAGACCAGUGUUUGAUUAAUGACAUUAAUAAUUCAUUCAAAGAUAUCCCACGUAAAACCGUCAACUUUAACGGAGAGAAUAAUUCAGAUAAUUCACUGAUUAAUAAUGAUACAGACACUUGUAUUGAAAAAAAUGAUCUUAUAUUAACAUCAGUACUAAAAUAUCCAAUCGAUACAAACGAAUCUGUACGUUAUCAGAUGAGGGCAACGCCAAAUAUGAAUGAAGUUAUAUGUAGAGUAUGUAAUGUUUUAGUACCGAACAAUACUGUGAAUAUAACAGAACACAUCGCUGCAGUCAAGCACGUAUUUACAUACAAUAUACUUUUAUCAUCUCACAAAUUGAAAACAAUAGAAAAUGGAUUCAUUUGUGAUAUUUGCCACGCAAAUAUAAUUAAUACGAAUGAAUUAGACCAUAUAGGUAGUAAAGACCACAAAGAUAAUGCUGUCAAAUGCUUAAAUAAAUUAGAAUCCAAGAAGGCAAUGGUCACUGCAAAAUAUUGUUCUUCAUGCAAAAUAUAUAUUCCAUAUACGGAAUUAGACAUGAAGGUACACGAAGCCAGUGUAAAACAUAAAGUUAAUUUAGAAAAACAAGCCGCUGUCGAAAAGUAUUUAGUUAGAAGUGAAACCGGUAAAGGUAUACAUUAUCAUAUGAGGAAAAUUAAAGGAGUCACUGAAUUGCAAUGCGUAGUCUGCAACGUUUUAGUACCAAACGAAAUUAAUCAUGUAACAAUACAUGUCACGACAAGAAAACACACGUCAAAAUAUAAUAAACUGUUGUUAAUUAAUAAGUUACAAAAGAUAGCAAAUGGAUAUCAUUGUGGUGUUUGUGACGUAAAUAUAACUAACAUGAAUGAACUAUCUCAUAUAAAUGGUAUGAAACAUCAAAGUAAAACUAAUACGCCAACACAAUCUGAAACUUGUGUCAGUCAAGAUAUUACACAGAAAUUAGAUGUGAAAUCAAACGAACUUAAUUCAAAGCAUAAUAGUGAUUCAGAACUACAUACGUAUGCUGACUACGAGAAAGAAAAUAAUGAUUUAGCAAAUUUAAGAUCCAAUAACAGUGAUUCGGUUAGUACGAAUUCAUCUAUAUCCUUAAAAAGUACAAAAAAUACAACAGGGAAGCAGUAUUGUUUACCUUGCAACAUUUAUAUUGACACCCACAACAUUGCUGGCCACGAGAAUGGACAGAAACAUUUAAAAAACCACAAUGAAACGAAAUUGGACAGCACAACUUCACGUGACACUCCAGAAACGAGCGCUGAUGUAACAGCGCUGAUGUUCUCGCAACCAUGUAAAGCUUUAACGUCCAACGGAGCAGCUUCGAAAACAAAUAUUAAUAUAGAUAAACAAAUAAAAAAAACACCACAAAGUCAUUACCAAGUCACGUCAACCGUUGAUGUUAAUAUGUGUAAAGUUUGCAACGUACCAGUGCCCAAAACAAAUAUAAUUGAGCAUGUAAUGGCUAAAAAGCACAAAUCGAAAUAUAAUACACUUUUAUCGUUAAACAAAGUGUGUGAAAUAGAAAAUGGAUUCCGUUGCGACGUUUGCAAUGUUCAUAUAUCUAAAAAGAAUGAACUGGAUCAUAUAAAUAGUAAAGGUCAUAAAAAUAAAUUCAUUGUAUCAGUAAAUGAUCGUCAAGCUGAGACAGUUAAAGAUAACAAUGUCAGUGAUGAAGCGGUUUUGCAAAAUACAAAAUCGGAAUCUGACAUAGGUGUGGUCGAAAAUAAUGCAACGUAUCUCUUAUGUAAGAGCAUCUUCAGAUGAAUGUACGUAACAAUAUAUAAAAAGUCUCUGAUAAUGACUGAUAAGUCGAAGAGCAUAUUUAAUAAAAAGUCGCAUGCUUUUCUGCAUUAUUUCGUUCCAUUUUAGAUCUUCACUUGCCGACUAGUGAUGUACAAAGUCAAUUGACUCGAAUACCUACUAGGUGCUUGGAUAUUCAAGUACUCCAAUAUAUGAAACAAGAAUAUACGGUAUUCGAAUACAUGAUUCGAGUAUAUACAGUACUGGAAUACUACAUUUGUGUUUAUUAUAAAUUUUUCUAUUCUUGCAUUUCCAUAUUUACAUUACCAAUUACCAAAGGUUAAAGAUUUAAGUUUAGUUUAUUGAACAUUUUGUUAUUUUUAUAUAACUACAGUGAAUCAAUUAAAAAAGUACUCCAGUGUAAUUUAAUAUUCGUAAACGUACUCCUUUACUUGUCCGAGUACUUAGACUCUAUACAGAAUUGUAUACUUUUUUUAACCAGUACCAAACUACUUAAAUAAGACUACUUAAACAAGAACGGCCGAUUUGCCAUAUCAAUAUUGUUAUUAUUUACCAUUGGGGGUGGGGGGUGUUAAAAACACGAAUCAUAAUUGGAUUUGCUUCGUAUAUCCCACCCAGAUAAAUACAUCAGUAAUUUAACUGUAUACCGUCUACCUGAAAAGCCUAUUGAACUCGACGGGUUAUACAAAACGAAUACUCUUAAGAUUUGAAUUGUCACAAUAUUAUAGCAUUAUUAUAACCUUUAACUGUCCACUGCUGAACAUAAACCUCCCCCUUGGGGGGGGUUUGAGACCUAUCUUUAGCAUUGGACAAUUAAUUAAUUCAUAUAGUAUAAAUAUUAUGUAUAAAUUAAUAAUAAAAUUUCUCAAAUUCUAAAAUAUGAUUUAUUUAGUUAAAGGAUCCUUUAAAAAUGUUGAAUAACUACCGUGAGUCAUACUGUAUGUACAUGUUGGUUUUAUUUACGGUUUAAAUUGGAGGACGCCCGACUAAACUCGACAGGAGCUCUUAUUCAAGGCUGUGUAACGAGCGACACUGCGCGUGAUUAAAGCUAACAAUUACAAUAUAAUAAAUCAUUUUAUAUACUUGAUAGUAAAAUUAUGAAUACAGUUUCCAUUUAAUUUUAAAAUAUUUUAACCUGUAAAUGACAAGGGAUAAAGAUAUAGAGGGACUAGUUUUAAGAAAUCAAAUUAGUGUUAAGUAAUAUUUCUUCUAUUGUCAUCUAUUUUGGCCUUUUAUUAUAAUAGUAAGGCUUGUAUUUAUAAUAAGAAGUUUAAAAAUUAAACUAUUCGAUUUAUGGCUAAUUAUUUACGUAGAUACCUUAAUGAAAAUGGCUCAAAAUAUACGUCAUGCAACGGGGGGAAAAGGUAUUUUUUUUUCUACAAUUUUUAUGUAUAAUAAUUCGUUCUUUUUUUAUAAUAAAUAUAUAGUUGUGAUUAUCGAUGACUGCUUUACUAUUAAUGUAUUAAAAAAAAAAACAUUUAAAAACUUUUUUCAAUAAUACAUUAUUGAAAAAAGUAAAUAAUAAUUUGAACUACUCUUUUUAUAGAUUACAUAAAAAAUAACUAAAAAAAAAAGUAAAUGUGAAACGGAAAUAAUUGGAAUUUAUGGAAAUUUUCCACCAUUAAAACUGUGAUCGCUGCUGUGCCGCCAUUCUCUACUUAUCUCUGAAAGUAACUUUUAAAAUUUUUUGUAAGCACUAUUUUAUGGAUUAUCUAAACAAAAUUUUUAAUAAUUUGUACAUUAUUAAAAUGUUACAUCAUAUUGGUUCUCAGAAUACAGAUCUCGCUGACCAAACUUAGAGAAUGCCACCACAGACUCGACCCACUGAACUAUUUUAACCGACAAAACUGGCGGGAAAAUAUGAUUAGAUAAAAAUUAAAUAAAAAAAAAACUUUUGUACUAUAUUAUUAUUAUAGGAUCUAUAUAUAUAUGUGGUUAGUUUUCAAUUUCAUUGGUUAUAUUAAGCAAUACCUACUUGAGAAAAACCUAGAUUAUAACUAUAGUACAUUAUACUAAAUCUGUAAGAACAAAUAAUUGAAAAUCACUGCUCUCAUAGACUAUUUUAUUUCAUCAUGUGUAAUUAUGUCAUAGACAAUUUUCAUCAAUAUAAAUACUUAAUAGAUUAUGUACCUAAAAUAAAAAAAAAACUGACAGUAGAUAAUCUAUUUGUCUUUUCCCGCCAAAAAGUGUCCGAUUUUCACGAAUGUUUUUUUUAUAACUACUGAAAAUGUGUCAAUAUAUUUUUAUAUGGAUAUUGUUGAAUAAAAUUGUUACGAUUGACGAUUAAAAAUUGUU